UUGUCAUCCGGUUGUCAUGCCAUUCAACAUGUAAACAACAAGUUUAAUUGAAUUUUUCACCGAAAUUCUCGAAUAAAAUGUACAUUUUUUGGUGGUUCUUCUCGUACUACUUGCGCCCCGUUAUUAAAUGGUUCCUCCGCAAGACUACCGGUUUGUGCGAGCUUCAAAGAAUCUGCUAUGGGAAAAUUCAAGGGGCCCCUCGGACCAACGCCGUGGACUACUCCCUCAGUAUGUCAAAGUCACCCCAAAUAUCCCAACUAAUCGCCCACUUAAACGAUGUAAGUGAUAAUCAGCGAUUCGUCGGUUCUAACCUCAAAGAACUCACAAAUGGGGCUGUGAACACAGUUAUGCUAAUCAAGAAAAUCAACCCGAAAAUCCACUUCCAAUUUGUGAUAAAUUUCAGUCAGUGUGUGGAGCAGAUUUGGGGCUAUCGCCAAUUGCUAUCAGAAGUGGAGGAGCUAAGAAAGACAACUUAUGACGCCGACAACUUUGAACAUGAAAGGAAAUUGCGAGAUUUGUGGGACAAGUUGAUGCCCCACGAGCCUCUAGAAGCCCGAGUAACGAAACAGUGGCAAUAUAUUGGGUUUCAGGGCGACGACCCCAAGACGGAUUUUCGGGGAAUGGGGCUCCUGGGGCUGGAAAAUCUCCUAGCUUUUGCGACUGAGUAUCAGGACGCAGCCACCUACGUACUCUCUCAUUCACAUCACCCCCAUUACGGUUACGCCUUUGCCAUUGUUGGGAUUAAUUUGACAAGUCUGGCGUGGACCCUCCUCAAACAGGGCGAUGCCAAGACUUAUUUUUUCAAUAUGGUGAAAAGUGCCCCAACUUUGAAACUCUUUCACCAGUUUUAUAGUUAUUUGUUUUACGAAUUUGAUAAAUAUUGGAUUGAGUGUAAGCCCAAGGAUAUUAUGGAGUUUUCCACUAUCAAAGACAGUUUUGAAAUAAAUGUAAGGAAUGCGUUGCAGGAUCCGAAUGCAGUGUUUCGGAUUAAUUUCAGUGUUGACACUAUUUAGCUCACUUGUGAUAUUAUGUGGCUUUUGUAAAUACGAUUUUUAUGCGUGGUACACUUUGUAUGUUUUAAGUACACAAAGAAAUAAAAAAUUA